AUGGAUACCACGGUUGCUCGAGCGGCUUGGAUAAAGCUCGAAAAGAUUUUCUUGAGCAAUAAAAAGGCUCGUGCUGGGGCGCUUGAGACAAAGUUUUGCAAUCUUACGUUGACCGCUUGCUCUUCGGUUGAUGAUUACUGCCAACAACUAUCCGAUUUAGCAAGUCAAUUGGCUGAUGUUGAUCAGACCGUUUCUGAAUCAAGACUUGUUCUUCAGCUUGUUCCGGGUUUUCCGGCAGAAUACAACACCACUGCAUCUGUAAUUAACCAGCAGGGUGUCGAUUGGGACCAGGCGAUAGCAAUGCUUAAUGAUGAAGUCAUACGGAUGGAGGCUCAAAAGGGCUCCCACAACACUGUACUUGCGGCUGCUGCAGCGCCGCCACCGUCUCGAGCCGCUUCUGCAAAUUCGAACCACCAAUCAGAGGGUUCUUAUUCCUCCACAAAUAGACGGGGCAGCAGGGGACGCAGUGACGCUUCCAAUCGUCGUGGCAGAGGCAGAGGACGGUCUCAGCAGCAGUCCCCAUGGACCGCAUAUCAGGGACAACCGAAUUGCUUCCCAAAUUGGGCCUGGUGGACACCUCCUCCAUGCCCGUACCCGACUCAGCAGCAAUGGAACCCUAAUAAACAAUCUGAUCAGCAGUCCACUCCUCAAGUGCAGUACACCGGCUUCUCUCUGCCUCAAUACGCUCCACCCGGUUUCACCCAGCAACGUAUAAUCCUCUUUGUCCAUCUGAUUUGA